CACUCAGAGAGAAAGAGACAGAGAACAGUCCUCCAGCAGGAAGGGCCGGCGGCACGCAGCACCCAGGUUUCACAGCGAGAAGCAGCCAUGGCAGCCGUUCCUGAUGUACAGGAGGAGUUGAUGGAGUUCUGCAGUGUGAACGAUGAACAGUUCUACGAAGUCGGCCACCCCUACUUGGGGAAGAGCUCCAACCAAAGCCCGAGCCCCUGCUCCCUGUCCCAGAGCUGUUCAGCCUGCGACGUGGACAUCCAGUUGCAGUUCACAGAGCAGACCUCUUGCAAGGUCUUCCGCAGGUCCGUGGUGCUGAUGGUCGCCAUAGAGAAGAUGAAAAAGGCAUCGAAAGCGAGGCCCUUCACGGAUGAUGAUUUGAGGGGCAUCUUGGACACCGUCUUCGAGACCAUCUCAUUCGAGAGUCACAAUGUCACCCACACAGUGGAUUCCAUUUACCGUUACUUCAGAUCCAUCUCCUACGAAAUACGGGACACUGACCAGAAGUGCUUCAAGCUGGAGGCUCCUGCCCAGCUCGUGGCUGUGCAUUUGCAAGGCCCCAACCUCAAACACCAAGUGAAGUUAAACAUGGCUUUCUAUAGACCAAAAAGUAGCACAAGCAACCAGAGCUCCAUGAGGUUUCCAGUCGCUCUGGGCAUCAAGGGGAGAAGUCUCUACCUGUCCUGUGUGCACAGUGGCCAGCAACCAGUGCUGCAGCUGGAGGAGGCCGAUAUCCUGAAGGACGUCGAUGGAGCUGAGUUGGAGCGCUUCAUCUUCUACAAGGUGGAAAACGAGAGCACGGCCCAGUUCGAGUCGGCCGCCCACCGUGGCUGGUACAUUUGCACUUCCCCCAAGAACAACCAGCCUGUCGGCGUCACCAACCGGCCCGGGGAAGUGUUCAUCACCAACUACUUCCUCACCCAGUCCAAGCACUGAGCGCUCAUCCCAAACCGGCAGUUACUGGUUUCAGCAGAAUCUUUGUAUGUACUAAGUACAUGGGGAACAGUUGUAUUUAUGAGUGAGCCCUGGCUCACGGCUCAGAGACGUGGCCCCAGCAUCUAGAAUUAACCUCUUACUGGCAUGGGAGUUCUAUAUUAGAGCCCUCUUUAUUAGAGGCUUAUCUUGGCGGCUGUCUCUUCUCUCCCACCUUCCACAGCUUCAGUCGUUUUGCUGUCAGACUAAUAUACACAUACAUUAAAUAAUAUAAAUAUUAGAGACAGAGGAAUGGCCAUCAUCAUGCUGCAUGAUUUUUUUUUCUGUAAAAAUGCUAUUGUGUUGUUGUUUCAAUACAAGAUUAAGUUGCUCUAUUUCACUGUUGGUAACGUCUGUUAACAUGUUAAUUAUAAAUGAGGGUAUUUUUGGAAUUUAUUUAUUGACUAAUUUAAUAUUGCCGGGCUGAUUUUUA